UGACACUUGGCUCCUAUCCUAUAUCGAAACAAGUCAGGGGACAUCGGUCUUGGCAUCUCUGUUUUCCCAAACGUUACUAUUGAACCAGAAUCAAAAUGGCGGACAUCAAGGCUAUUUUUGACAAGCAUGACGUCAACAAAGAUGGCUUUAUCUCUGCGUCAGAGCUGAAGGCGGUGUUGAAGGAAUUCGACCUGAGUGGGUCUGAACAUCUUGUGGGGGAAUUCAUCAAGGAGUGUGACAAGAACGGCAAUGGGAAGCUGGAGCUGGAUGAGUUCAAAACCGUCAUCAAGGUACUGCAGGAGGCCGCGGUCGCCCUGGAGGAUCCUGAGAAAAGUGCCGCAAAUAUGCGGGAUGUGUGUAAAGAAUUUGACAAGAAUGGUGACGGUUUCCUGACCAAGGCGGAGUUACAGGAGGGUAUGCAGGAGGCCAUCGGCAUGUCUGCCGAGUCCUGCGAGAAGUUGCUGAGCGUCGCCGACAAAAACGGAGACGGCAAACUCGACUACAACGAGUUCGUUAACGUGCUCGUGAAUAAGUGAGAGUGAAGCUAGCAAGGGUUUGCUUACAUUGGCGAUCCGGAAUGAAUUAGAAUCAAUGCUU